AUGGAUGAUACCUUGAAGAGGAAUGAGGAAAGGAAAUUUUUGGAUUCAAUUACCUCAAAAAUAUUCUAUUAUUUAAAUUUAAAUUCUGCUUAUUGCAACACUACUGCUACUAUUGCUACUACUACUACUACUGCUGCUGCUACCGCUGCUACUACUACUGCUACUACUAUUACUGCUACUACUGUUACUGCUACUAUUACUACUACUACUAUUACUGCUACUAUUACUACUACUGCUAUUAUUAUUGGAAAGUUCGAGAGGAAACAAAAAGAAAGAAGAGAAAAAAUUGACACAAAUUUGGAGAAAUCAGUGAACGCAACAAAUAAACCGCAAAGGAAAAUGCGGUUUGUGAGGCAAAAGAGUGAUAUCAAUUUGAUUGAACGGCGGUAUGCACCGUUACUGUAUGGUUAUUAUUUGUUAUGUGCGCUAUUGCUAGAGGAGAAGGCUUACGGUGUUCAAACAACACCACCCGAAAAACUAACUCAGGGCUGUUCGCCAGAACUUCUUCAUCUACGAUCCCAUCGACAUUUCCACGUAUUAUGUCGUAGUCAACCUGCGAUAGCAGUCGCAGCUUAUGAAGGAAUGCAAGACGCAAUGAUACAAUGUAAAGAGCAGAUGCGUUUUCAGCCUUGGGAUUGUUCUCAAAUUAUUACUGUACUACAAGAUCCACCUAUUCUACGUCUCGGAACUCGAGAGUCAGCAUACCUAUGGGCACUUACAUCAGCAGGUGCAGCGUGGGGUGUUGCAACAGCUUGCUCUCAAGGAUGGCUUCCCGAUUGCUCGUGUAGCGGUCGUGAUGAACUGAAACAAAAUUGGGAAUGGGGUGGUUGCUCAUAUGGUGUACAAUUUGGAAUAAUAACAUCCAGAAAAUUGCUUACAAGAAGUGCUACUUCUCGAUCUCCUUUGAGAAAGCUGGAAAAACACAAUUUAAAAGCUGGAAGAUUGGCGGUAAAGAAAACUUUAAUAUCAUCCUGUAAAUGUCAUGGUGUAAGUGGAAGUUGUGAUCAGAAGACUUGUUGGAAGAAAACUGCUGCACUAUCAACAAUCGUACAACACAUUACUAAUAAAAUGCAUAAGGCCAGAAGACUUCCUGAUGUAAAUUCUCCGGCUAAGAAUGCAGAACUGGUAUAUAUGGAAGAUAGUCCGGAUCCAUGCCGUUCAACUCGAAUCACUAAUCGGGUAUGUAAUUGGAGGAACGAAACAAGUAGCCAAGGCGAUUGUGGCUUAUUAUGUUGUGGACGUGGGUUCAAGGUAUCACAUGAACUGAUAUCAUAUCAGUGUGAUUGUCAGUUUGUCUGGUGCUGUCAUCUGAAAUGCAAUACUUGCCUCAGGCAUCGAUGGGUUUCCACUUGUAAUUAG